ACAAACGAUGAGACGGUUUUGUUUCGUGGAAGUGAGGGAGAUUCACUUUACCUCUUCUGUAAAAGUAUUCUAAACUCAUUACCAAUGGUCACCUGGUUAUGGAGACCCAACCACGAAGAUAAAAAUAUCAACCUUAGACAGAACCCUACACACUUUGGAAAACGACUCCACAUCAGGAAUUACAACAACGACUUUUCUGCAUCCAUCACACCUGUAGACUGGAGCGACUCUGGGAAAUAUGAAUGUGAACUUUCCGGCCGUUCACCUGUCAGGACUGUCUUUGAAGUCGUGGUGGUGAGAGUUCAUGCCGACCCUCAGCACCUAAACGAGGGGGAUGAUGUCAAAUUAAAAUGUGAAAUUUCUCAUCAGACAUCACACGUACAACUGUACUGGAUCAACAUGAAGACACAAGAGAACUUUCCAAACCCACAUAAUCUUAAGAAUGUUGAGAUCAGCCAGAUGAGCUGGGUGUGUGCUGUGUUUAACACAUCUGUACUAAAAGCUCUUAUUCCACUAACUCUCAACAUCAGUCAGCCCCUCAGCACAACUGCAACAUUACCAUCUCCGACCACUCACGAUCACACCUCGGCUGAGUCAACAGUUCUGCUACAGUCUAGCAGAAACACCAACGACACUCGCUGGACUACAACAGGAAACACCCCACCUCCAAGAAACACAACAAGGACCGUCUUAAUCACCGUCAGCACUUCAUUCUUCUUCAUCUUUAUAUUAGUGCUCGGUGCUGUGUGCUGGAGGACAUGGAGAAGAAAGAAUUUAGAGGAAGAGUGUCCUCAAUGUGAGAGAGAGAGCGUUACAUACGCUGAGAUGAGCUUCAGACAGAGAUCAGAGAGAAGGAAAGAAGGAGAGGAGCUUUCUGUGAGUGAAAGCGUUACUUAUGCAGAAGUGAGCUUCAGGCAGAGAGCAGAUAAUGCUUCCUCUGAUCACGAGUCUGUUUCUAACAUUGCUCCCGAGGAAAAAGUAGAAGUCCUGUAUUCAACUGUUAACUUAAAAACUAAAAUUGAAAAUUAGAUUACAAAAAUGAAUGUAAAUUACAAAAUAUGUAAAAAUUAAAUUAAGUUCAUAAUGUUUUGUACUGCACAUUUAAUAUAUAUAUAUAGCCAUUACAAACUGUUUAUGUAACUUUACACUAUUUGUGUGUGUAUAUAUACAUUUAAAACUCAAGAACUACUUGUCUGUAUAGAAAAAAACAACACAAUAUGACUUAACUUUUGUUCACAUCAAAGAAUCAUGUUACACCACAUUAUAUAGAACCCAUUCUGUUUACAGUGCAAUAAAAAUGUUCAGUUGAUUACAAAGUUUUUUUUAAGAAAAUAAAAUGAUUACUAUAAAUCUAAUUUAAUGGAAACAAUAAUAGCUUUAUUGAAUUAUGUGUUUCUUUGCUGAGGUUUCUUUACAGAAAUGUGAUUUAACCGUUGUGCUCUCUGUUUGUCUUUAGAGAAUUAAACACAAUUCAAUAAAAAAUAUUUAUGCUGUAAAAGUUUUUUUUU